UCGACAUCCCUUUCCCCCAGCAAACAGUAUAUAUACCACUUAAACACACAAAUGUUCCCUGAGGAACAAAAUGUCGAAGAAAGCCGACUUGUUGAGUGGUAUCGAUGAAGAAGACCAAGAAAACCAACCACCUGUGUUCAAAGUGUUUGGUUACGGGUCUCUUCUGUGGAAAGUGAAAUUUAAUUAUUCUAGUCGUGAUCAUGGUCAUAUCAAAGGGUUCCAGAGAAAAUUCUGGCAGAACAACAAGACUCAUCGAGGGACAGAAGAAAAGCCCGGACGAGUAGCCAUUCUUCACGAAGCUGAAGAAGACAAAACACUCAGCGGUGUGAUGUUUACCAUUAAGGGUGCAUCAGACAUUGAGGAUGCCAAACAGAAAUUGGAUACACGGGAAACAGUGCUCGGUGGUUACAUCUCAAUUCAGACCACGUUCUACGAUGAAUAUGGUGUCCAGUCCGAGGUCACUGUAUUUACAGCUACCCCUGACAAUGACCUCUAUGUGGGACAGAUUUGUGAUCAUCCUCAUGAUGACGUAGAACACAUAAGUACACAGGUUGUCGGUGCCCAAGGCCGCGCUGGAACCAAUGCAGAAUACGUCAUCAAACUGGCAAAUUAUGUUAGAAGACAUUUUCCAAACGAGGACGACGAACAUUUAUUUUUGCUCGAGAAAAAGUCACCGAAAAAUUGAGUAAUCGUUCGCGGACAGUUCAAAUCAACUACGAACAACUGAAUGGUAUAAACCAUCAUGAUAUUUGAUUUUCUAAAUGUCACAACAUAUGAUGCUACGAUUGUAAUAUUUAUGAAUAUGUUUACAUUGUUUUAUCUGUAACAUGAAUGUACGAUGGUCAGUAUAUCAUAUUUAAAUUAUGUUUAUCAAUAAUUAUCACUUAUUAAAUAUUUUA